AUGGAAUACGCGACUGAACCAACACCCUUCACGGCACCCCUCUUCGUGGUCUGGAGGGUGGUCGACGGCAAACGCAAGGGCCGCGUUGUCGUUGAUCUGCGAGCCUUGAAUAAGGUGGUCGUGCCGGACAAUUACCCCCUGCCGCGGCAAGACGAGGUUAUCCGCUCCUUAAGAGGUGCCACGUAUAUCACCGCAAUUAACGUAUCCAGCUUCUUCUUCCAAUUCGCGGUCAGAAGGGGACAUCGCCACAGGUUCACCGUGACAAGUCACCGAGGUCUCGAGAGGUUCAUAGUGGCGCCAAUGGGCUUCCGUAACAGCCCAGCUCCGAAGAAGAACACCUCCGACACCUCGAAAUCAUCUUCAGCCUAUUCCAACGACUAA